AUGGUAGAAAUAUCAAAACAGUUUUGGAAAAAGUGGAAUUUUCCGAAUUGUGUGGGUGCCAUUGAUGGUAAGCAUAUUCGUAUAUUUUCACCAGAGAAAAGUGGAUCAUUAUAUUACAAUUACAAAGAUUUCUUCUCAAUCGUUUUGUUGGCAAUUGUUGAUGCGAACUGCAAGUUCAUUUUGGUUGACAUAGGAUCUUAUGGUAAAGAGAACGAUAGUGGUAUAUUUAACAAAUCAAAAAUGUCAGAACAAAUGAAAAAUUGUGAAUAUUUUCCACCUAAUUGCAAAAUUCCAAAUUCAGAAAAAAUAUUGCCGUAUGUAUACAUCGGUGAUGAAGCAUUUCGUUUGGACCCACACAUGAUGCGACCAUACUCUAAAAUAGAGUCUAGAAAUGAUUGCGAAAAAAAAAUUUUCAAUUAUCGUUUGUCACGGGUGAUGUGUACCGGCACGUUGUUAUUCUUAGUGAAGAGAGCAAGGACGUAUUUUAAAAGAAUAUAUGCAAAGACGCUUAUUUAA